UUGGUUUUAGGGUUUUCAUUCUAUAAAUCUUCUGUCCCUAUAGAAUCUGCCAAAAUUUCCUUUGCAUUCUACAUUCUACUGCCAAAGAAUUGUACGAAAAUUCUGUCAUCAGAUCAGGACAUGGAAAGUGAACAGUUCUUGGUCAACUCAAAAGGAGAAGCAAUUAAUCUUGAUGAACUUUAUAGUCUUGAGCCUAUUCUCGCUGACAUCUUCUCAUCUGAUCUUUCACAAUACAACACAGUUGAUGCUAUAAAUUCCCAGCAGACCAGCAUUAAAAGUGAAGCUAAACAGCUGAGUUAUAAUACCAGUUGGAGUUCUUACAUUAAUGGUCCCCAACAUCAAGAAAUAAGUACAAAGCCUUCUAAUUCUUCUUUUUCUUCUUCUUGUCCUUCCCAACUAAUUUCUUUUGGAAAGUCGAACCAAACUGAGAAUUUGCACAGGAUACUGUCUAGGGACUCUUCAGUGUCCCCCCAAAUUAUAAAGUUUUCAUCUUUGACGAUGAAAGAGCCUUUGGGUAAGAAGCAAUAUGAGAUGGGUGCAAAGAAGGUGCCUUGCAGCGUGAUUAGGAGCCCUUUGCAAGCGCAGGAUCAUGUUAUGUCAGAAAGGAAACGACGAGAGAAGCUAAGCCAACUUUUCAUUAAUCUCUCUAAAGUUGUGCCAGGUCUCAAAAAGUUGGACAAAGCUUCUCUACUGGGAGAUGCUAUCAAGCAUGUGCAAGAGCUUCAAGAACGCGUAAGAAUACUGGAAGAAGAAGCUGAAGAGGCCAACAGAAACUUAAUCAUUACAUCAAAUGCUAAUUAUUCCGCAACAAGAAAUUCAAUUCCUACUUUAAAUUCUUUUUCCUCUAAAGAGAGCUCCAUUAAUAGCGGCACAAGAGAAUCAGUCCCAGCUGAAAUCAAGGCAAGAAUUUCAAACAACAAUGUAAUGAUUAAAAUUUUCCACAAGAAACACAAGGGAUUAGUAUCAAGAAUUCAGUACGAAAUGGAAAAUCUGCACCUCAAUGUCUUGGACGUUAGAGCAAUGCCAUUUGGAAGUUCUACUGUUGAUAUAACCAUUCUUGCUGAGAUGAAGCGUGAAUUCUGCGUGACGGUGGAGGAUAUUGUUGAGCACUUAGAGAUGGCUUUUCUGAAUAGGCAAGCUUGACCUACUUAUGCACUAAAACCAAACUUCUUUUGUCUUCCUCAUAGUUACUUUGUAUUAGUUGUUAAUCCCACGUUUUACAUCUGAAAACCUUAGAUUAAUGUAUAAUCCCUCUUUAUAGCUUCUUUUCA